UUUCACAACAUCGAAAUGGCCGCCUCCACUGUACUGCUGAGCUCGUAACUCUGCAUCUGCACAAAUCUUUGGCAGGUUCUUCUUUCCUACAAAUCUUGUUCUUGACUUACAACAGGAAAAUUACUGAUGUGGGAUGUGUAUCUAAGGUCAACAUGGCUUCAAACUGUGUUACAGAUACAACGCAGUGGCUAUCAGUGAACGAAGAAUCGUUGUUUUUGCAUGACGGAUUAUUGCGGGUAAGCGAUCUUGUGAACUUGCCGAAACAUCUCAACAACGCAAACCCUCAAAACAGUUCAGAUGAGGUGGUUUCAUUUGACACUAAAAAUCCAACAGAAUUGAGUCAGAGACUGGUAUCUGUCUGCGAGAGACACAAUAAUAUAUAUGCUUACUCAAGACUUUUAGAAUAUCGACUAAAUGCCUUGAAAGGCCUAUGGAAUGCCCAUCUCCAAAUAAAUAGCAAUGUGGAACAGCUGGAAAGAGAGACGUUUGGCGAAGAGGAAGUGACAAACGCUGCCGGCAUCGGCGGCCUAAGUUUGCUGAAGAAAGUCGCUUGGCAUGGAGCUGAACCAGCAGCCUUUUCAAGUCGUCUUGGACUACUUCUCCUUUUUCCACUCCUUCGGUCACAACAGAGAAUAAAUCCAGAGUUAAGCAGCGAAACAGCGGUUCUGCUUCUUAAUUGCCUUCGAGAUUGUCUUCCACUGAGCCUUUCAAAAGAACCCACAGAUUGUUUGGAUGGACUGGAAAACUUGUUGAGUUCCUGGCUUGGUGAAAGUGAUGAGAUUGAUGUGAUUGCUCGUGUGAAACCACAUGAAGAGCAACAUGCCAUCCAACAACAACGCCAACAACUUGCCUCUGCCUUGGUUGCAUUUGCCUGUGCAAGGGGCUCAACAGGAACAUUCAUUCACACUACACACCUCCUGCAGCAGCUUGCCCCGAGUAUAGGUCCACUCCCCAUAGCGGAUAUCCUUCAGAGACUACUCCGGCUUGAAGGAGGGCCAGGAUCUCCAUCCUAUCUCCAUGGUAGCCGCCAUGUCGUGUGCUGGGGAUUUGAGGACAUGCUGGGUGAGAAGGAAGAGAAGACAGAGGAUAAAGAGAAAGAAAAAGAAUCAAUUACUGGUAGGAGCCUGGCCUGUGAUGGUGUGUUUUUGUACUGCACCAAUGCAAGGGGUAAAUGUCUUGCUAAGAUUGGAUCUGGAUUACAUGGGACCUUAAGAGGCUUUGUCUACGCCCGUAACCCUGACCUUCCAGUAGGCUUGAUUGCUUGCACUGACAAGAUAUUGCUGCAUCGCCCUCUGGAGGCAGACUCUAAAACAGAGUUAUUGGGGUCCAUCAUCAAUAGAGAUACUCUUAAGGUUGAAGGUAAUGUGAAGAUGCCCGAGACCCUGGUCAAUGCUUCUCAAGUCACUGUCUCACUAUGCAGUGAUGGUACCUACUUCUAUAGAGUCUGGUGCCCUCCUGGACCGGACAAGAGUGGCAAAGGUCAACCUGUAACCGUCGAUUUCCUAAACUUGAAGGAGCAAGAUGGUGAGAUCAUUGCUGAUCGUCUUAGACCAUCAAUCGUACUAGUUAGGAAUGAGGAUAUAGUAAGAGGUGUGACAGACCCACUUCUCUUGAGACUGAGAGCGUUCCGCCCAGGUAAUGCUGCUGCACUAGCACAACUCACCAACUCCAAUGGUAAUUCAGGUGGCAGAGAAGAAAUAUCUACCACAAGCUGUGGCCUGACCCUGAAGCUCCUUCGCAGGUCACCUAUAUAUUGCUGCGGCAGUAGUAUUGUGAUGGUGACAUCGCCCCCUGGAGGAAGUAGCAGCUCAGCUUCUCGAUCCCUAUUCAGUACUACUGCUGGGCUUAGUGGACUUAGAACAUUGGCAACAAGCAUCUGUUUCAAUCUUUCAAAUGGUCUCCUAACCAGCAAGCUAGAGCUUAUGGAUGCCCCAGCAUGUGCUAUUGCUAGAGGAUCAAACGUCCAGGGUCUAGGUAUUUGCUAUGACGAGCUCAACAACACCAUCUGGACCUGUUCUCCCGACUGGGUUGACCAAUGGCAGAAUCCUGGGCUGAGGGCUUCUCACCAUGUCUGUAAGCAGCUUGGAGUACCACAACCUCCACUCAUUGACAAGACACCACAGGACAAUAUGUUAGAGGUAUCUGAGGUUGUGGGUCUCCUUCUUCACCAUGUGGGGAGCUCCAGCUGUCACAAAGUACACAGUGAAGUAUACCAGAGCCCCGCCCUAGGGAGACUCAUGGCUGCCCCUACCCCACCCCCAAUCACCCAUCUCAGACGGUUGUGUGCCAUAAUAGAGAAGGCCGUAGAAGAACAGAAUCUUGCCAUCAUUCAGUGCAUGCUGGUCGUUCUGCAGGUUGUCUUCAAGUCACAUGCCUUCAAUCCAGACAAUGUUGAUGAGAGGAACAUCUUAGAAAGGACUAGGAAACUGGUCUGGGGUCUGUUGACAUCAAGUGAUGAGAAGUUUGGAGCAGAGAGACUUAUAACUGAAGCCUGUAAUGUUAUCAAGACUGGUCUUUCUGUGCUAUUCAAUGGUUCUGAUCAAAUCAACGGUCUGCUUCGUCAACUUCUGACCGAUGGAGACUCUACAUCCUCCUUGGGUAAACUAAGAGAUAUGAUCCUAACAGAGCUGGCUCAUCAACUCAGGCAGACUUCCAGAAAAGAGAAUCACAAGUUUGAUGAAGGCUUGGUCCAGAUGAUCAUGAAUAUAUCAGAAAGGGAAUCACGUCAACUCCUUAGCCAGUGCCUCACCAGUGAUAGACCAGCUGAAUCGAUAUCAGCUAAUGUACCACUUGCCAGCCCUUGCCAACAGUUCCUAACAUCCCUUGAGCUACACAUCUUACAAGGUAUUAUCAUGAAUGACGAGAAGAUGGAGGAGGGAACUUCCGCUACCACUAAACCGACCGGUCCCAAGCCAUGCACGAAGGAGGUAGAGGACACUGUUCUCAAAUUGGCCACUAAGAUAUUCAAUGGAUGCGAACAGAUUCUGGAAACUCUACUGGGCAUGUGCAAUGACCUAAUGAACUCUGGUCAGGCCAGUCAGAUGCAGGUCCUGGACCGGGUAGUGAAAGGAACUAUACUUGGCUAUCUGCUACCAGGUCUAGUCACAGCCUUACGUCAUCCUAACCUGCGCAGUCUGGACCUAGCUGAAGCCUUGGUCCCUCAGGUUGUCAGACUAACUGUCCUCAUCAGUCAGGUUGCCAUGGCUAUAGGAAACACUGCUCAUCAGGAGAAGAAGAUGGAUAAGAACAGCUCUCAGCCUCAUGAUGUUGUUACAGACCUUCUUGCCAGCCACAUCAAAGACAAGAGUGAGAAGAGCUGCGAGAACUAUCUGACAAAGCUUCGAAUCCCGGCGCCCUGGGCCGCUGGUAAGACAGUCGAGACCAUUCACCCUGUCAGAGAUAACUACAAGUUCAGAGAGACUGUUCACAUCCCGGGUGCAAGGUGUCUCUAUCUCAGAUUUGAACCUCGUUGUGCAUCCCAGUAUGAUUAUGACAAGGUUGUGAUAUAUGCUGGACCCAACACAAAUUCAAGGAAAGUUGUGGAGUAUGGUGGCAAUACGUACGGAUACGGUAGUAGGAGUGUAUUGGGAUCGGGCUGGCCCAAAGACUUGGUCAAGGUUAUUCGGGAACUUAGCAAAGUAACCCUCGCUAAGCAAUUGUGA